AUGCUGUAAGUGCUUUCUUAUGGCGAUUAUGACCGGUGGAGGUAUGUAGUAAAAAAAAUGUUCUCCCGGCCUUGUUCGUGGAUGAAUCCUCACGACAGCCUCUAUGGACGUGUGACAUAAGCAAGGUCCCAAUAUAAGCAUGGAAAACACUGCAAUAAUGGAAGUGCUGGAAACCAGCACGCCGAUGCGGUCUCCCGGCCCGUCGUGGAAUACAACAGCCCCAUUGGAACACUUGCCCCUGGAUUCUAACUUCGCGUGGCUGCUGUGUGCGUUGCUGGGUGCCAUCGUCUGGGUCAUUUACAUUUCCUUCUACAAUUCCCGCGUUGUGGGUUUCAUACUGACGAAGAUACUGAACCGCUUCAUCUCCGAUGCAUAUCUCAACAUUGGCUCGAUAUCUCUGUCGGUGCUCUCGGGGAAAGUGAUGUUCCGUGAUGUGGCGUACGUCACCCCCGACUUCACGACUCGGGUGCAGGACGGCUGGCUCGUCUUUCGUUGGUGGAGCCGGUACACGCCCAAGGAGUUCCCCCGCACAUGCACAGAUGCGGAGGCGCGGGUGUCCGUACAACUGAAUGGCCUGGAAAUGCACGUCUACAAUCGAUCUCACUUGUAUGCUCGGCUGGAACGGCUCUUUGGGCUGGAGUCCCAAGUGCUCGGUCCUGAUGAAGACUACUCUCCGUGCGAAGCAGGGGACGUCAAGGAGCCAGAAAAGGUCAAUGGUGAAGACCUGGCUGGAUGGAGGGAUCUUGUGCCUGUUGUCAAGGUGGAAGUGUCCACGGGACGCUUCGUCUUCGGCAAUCGCCUUUUGCCGACUACGCUCUGCGUGAGCUUCGAGGACGCUCACGCCAGUUACCGUACACGGGCCGCAUCAUCCCGUCUCGAUCUCUACCAGCACAUGGUGGACUGUCGUGCCAACAGUUUUAAGGUCAUGCUGGCCCCGAGUCCAAAGUACAUCGGUAUCCCCGACGAACCUCCACGCUUUAUGGGGGAGGGCUUCGUCGUGGUGCAGUCCAACAACUUGGAUCUUUUUUACUACCAGGACGAGCCAGGCCUGGUUCCUGCUGAACCAGAGGUCGUGGAACUGGCUGAUGGAGCUCUAGUAGAGCGCCGCUCCGCACCAACUUGGGGGAUCGACAUCAAGUGCGGUCGCGGAACCACAUUCUGCUACGGCCCGUGGGCAGACCGGCAGAGAGAUCACUUGUUCAGGUUCUUCUACCCUCAGGAUUUUCAGCCCGUAACACCGACGCCCCCUGCUGAAGUUGGCGAGAGGCGUCGUUUCCAGUCGUUCGACAUACGGCUAAGCACUACGGCGGACGCUACGUUCGACAUCCUGUUCUCCAGAGAAAAGGAAACAAACGCCAUUCACGUAACUGUAAAGCAGGGCUCCUACUUAGAAGUGACGAUUCCGUGGACUUCCACAGAAGAAGGCUACUCCUCCAGCAUCACGGGCCAACUGUUCCACGUGGAGGCCUCCACAAGUUUGCACUACCGCAAUCUGCUUGAGAGCGAGAUCUUUGGUUUUGACGUCCAGACUCAGUAUCCACUCAUCUGGAAUGGCUAUCAAGAUUGGCAGUGCAAUCUCACCGGAUGUCGAGCCUCCGUGACUCUAGUACAUGCGCACAAGGGAUUUUUACAAGCCCUAGUGGAGGACUGGUCGUGCAAGGCCCGCCCCGACAUUCUGCAUUUUGUCCCGUACACCUGGCACGUCAGCCUCAUCCUCACAGAGUUCGAGUUACUCACUCUCGCAAACGAGCACAACUGGUUGGACUGUUCAUCUCAGCACCAGGAGAACGCGUGCGUUGCUUUUUGCGGAGAUGUCCUGGACUUGUCUUUCGACCUCCCCUUCGUAGACUUCCUUCCUCCCCAGGUCACCCUCAAGUUCUGGAUCCAGGCGGAGAGUGUGAACAUGUUGCUGUUUCUGCCAGAGGGCGACCCUCACCGUGAACUGCUGUUGCUCUUGGACAAGCACAGCCGAACCACGGAACGCGAUGGUUCUCCGCGACCUGCUGAGAAUCUCGCCGACAAGAAGUGGCACAGUCUAGUGCAGAAGAGUGAGGGCUGGGUGAAUGUAUGCUCCGUGCCCAUAGUAGCCCUGAGCAUGGAGUACUUUUACCACCCGGUACCGCAACUGGAUUUUCACCUCGUCGAUUUCGAUGUGACGACGCCCGAGAAAGAGGAGCUGCUGCUGUCGCCCAUGCGCCCACCAAAGGGCCGAAUGCCCCUUCCGCCGAAGGACUUCGACCCUGGCUCUCUAACACCGGAUGUGUUGUCGCUAGAGCUGGAAAUCGGGCCGUCGGUAAUGGCCUUGCACGGCACACUUCUACACCUACUGAUACAACUGAAAGAGAACUACUUUGGAGCGAGUCAGGAGUACGUUGACUUGGACAAGGGUGCGUCGGUACCUACGCCACCGACCCCGCACGCGGAAGCCUUCGAUCCUCGUGUUUACAGACCACUAGACGUCAAAGUGACCCUCAUCAUGCACGACAUCCACGGUCACCUCAUGAAAGCUUGUGGUGAAUCCGAGCCACCCUGCCCAUCCCUCUACAUGGAAAGAUUGCACUUUGAGUUGUACAAAAGCUUUCGAGAGACGAAGUUAACUCUGCUGCUCUCGCCACUAGUCCUUGUCAGCGGUGACGACAAUGGCCGUCUUGGUCACAUGGUGUUGUCUUCCCUCCAGGUCAGGGGCCACGCUAUGUUUUCAGACUUAGGACGACCCUUGACGAGCGAAACGCUAGAGUAUGCUUGGCUAGUGGAGGUCCUGGCAGGUGACGUUACUGGUCGACUUACCGUACCGCAGCUAUUCCACGUAGUGGUUGGUUUGGAAGUAUUCCUGUACCAGGCGAAGCACAACGAUGCUUCCCUCAGGCCUCCUCAAGCGUCUGGCCGUUGCCAGCAUGAUCUGCUUCAGCCGUCCUGUCCAGAAACAACAGCGGACAAAGUUUGCCCGGAACCUGAUGACGUCAAGUACCGAAUGACACGGUUCUCGCUGGACUACUUGGAUGUCUGCAUCGUGGAAUCCGCCACUGCUAUCUGUGUAGAGGCUGGACCUCUUCGUGUGACACAGUGCAACUUGCACGCUGAAGAAAGUGGACUCAGCUUGCUUCUGCAUAAAGCAACCGUGUCACAGUACGCCAUGCCAGCCGAUGCCCCUUGGCUCAAAGUGGGCGAGCUCGCGCUGGGUCCCUUAAUUGUUGACACUGCCAAACGAAGUCCGCAGGGCGCGCGUGGUUGUGCGCAGCCGUCAUUUUUGCGAACUCACGAUGCCCGGACGCGGCGUCUCUGGUUUUUGUGGCCAGAGCUGAAUCGGAAAUCGUGUUGCGGUUGCCUGGGAGGCUGUGCGUUUUUUGACGAUGAAGAUUCUGACGUGUUCGGAGAGCUCCUACUCGACUCUCAGUGCGACAGUCCUCGAGUUUCGCCACCGGGCCAUGGAGAAGACGACGAACCACGUCGUUGCGUCCUUCGUCAAUACAGCAGUCCUUCGCAUCGGAAUCCAGGAACCGUCAGUUUUGCACGGUCUACGUCCGUAGUCUGUACUGACAGUUUGGACAGCCGCAAGAGAGACAGCCAACUGGCGGAAGACGCCAUACUCCAUUCAACCCGUGGCCCAUCUCCACGCUCUGUCCGCCGCGCUGUCUCCACCGAUUCGACCCAUUCUUCCGAAGCUUUCUUCUCGGCCGACGAAGAUCAGGGUGGCGAACCCGAUCGCCGCCGUCACUCAUCGGGUGUCCGCGCUUCAUGCUCGACCAGCUCCAGCUUAGACCGACGCCGCCGAGAUCCUGAUGGGGAUUCCAUUUCCAGCACGUCUUUCAUAUCAGCCAUGUCAUCGCAGGAGGAUGUCACAUUAGUGAAUUUGCAUCACCAGAUGGAUAAACCGAUCAUCGAGUCGCCCUUGUUGACAGCAUGCUACGCAGCGCACCUGUCGCAAUUUCAGGUGUCCCAGUGGGACGAGGCACCUCCUCUUCCUCAUCUGGUUGCACGGGACGGUCCGUCGGUGCCCACUCAUUUUCUUCAUGAUGCAACACGUUGGAAACCCCGGUUCGCACCGGCAGGACCGGAUGGAUUCGCGAGUGUGAAGAUGACCUCGAAGACUCGACGACUAGGAUCAUUACAGAAGGAUGACAGUAAAGAUGCGUCAGCCACAACUCCAGACGCUCCAGGCACAGCUGUUGUAGUACGACUGAAGGGCGACGUUGACCUCAUGAUAUCCCCGCUAAUGCCGGAGAGCCUCCGGAGCCUGCUGGAUUCCGUGACCCCUGUUUUGGCUGCGGUUCAUCCUGUCACCGUUCUGGGGCAGCUUCUAGCCCGUUGCUCCGACGAAGCCACAAUGCGACACCCGCUUUUGCGCGAGCGUCCGUCGGUGACUCCGCCUGCUCCAGGAGAUCUUCACAGAGAGACGUUCUUUGAACAGAUGCAGGUAUCUGUUGUGGUGGGCCGGAUCAACGUCAUGGCACUGCAGUGUUCGGUGGUUGAAGAGGUGAUCUCGUUCUCAGCCCUAGACAACCUCAAGGAUCUAGCUUGCGUGUCCGUCGUGGCUCUGUGCCUUGAUCACGUGCAGAUGCAGCUACUUCAUGGUGUUCAAGAACAACGCAGCGUACAGGCUCUUCCCGAGCAUAGUCCAUUGCUGACUCGAAAGCCAGAUCCAAGCUUGUUACUCUUGCUAGAAACAAGUGAAACUAGCCGGGAAGAAACAGCAGCGUCUGUAUCGGUGGCUGCAGUUCACGCUCAGUUGCGACGCCUCAAGAACAGCAGUUCACUGCUCAAGGAGGCCACGCUCACGACUAUACCUCCUUAUCAUAGCAAGGUAUGCUUCACGUUCGAGAGGCAGGACUGGGACAAGCUGCACGACGAUGAGAAAAUGGGAUUCAUCAUGUUUGAAUGUGGCUUAGAAGAAGUCAGUGCGCGACUUGUUCGUAGAAAGGGUCCAGAGGGAGACGCCGCUGCUGACUCAAAGCUGUCCUUCACCUCCACUGAUGACAGUGCUAACUCUGCUGAGGCAUCCCUCAUUCUCGCUGAACUGCACACGGCAUGGUUCAACUUCGCAGCACCUCCGCGUACUCCCAACACACAUAAGAUCGACUUCACCCGACUUGACUGGCACUUAUUGAGCACAAUGACACCAUCUAUCAACGCCUGGCUAAAACCGUGUGACCGUCUCCUGGUAUCGGUUCGUCUGACCAUGUACUCCAAGCAGCGUCGUAGCGCUGCGGUCACCAGUUGCCUCAUGGCCGAUGCACUCGACGGUGCUCCUGCCCCUUUACGUGGUCGCCUGCGCCAACGCCUCACGCAUUUAUCCAGAGCUCUUCAGGAAGACCCAUCUUGCCAGCUCUUGGCGGCGCUGUGCAGGCAUUCCAUUCGCGGACUUCCAUCGGAGGACACACUGCGACCCGAAGUUGCACCGUCACUGAAUGUACUGCGUCGAGGACUGAUCGCACUAAGUCGGCAGUGGAAGAACAUCCUAUACAUGCCGUUUUUGGUGGAACAGAGCACGCGCCUGCUUCGCUACGCACCGCGACCUCGCGAACCGAUACAAGGCGUGCCGCCACAGUUAGACGAGACCGGGGACGAAACGGCACGUUUGCUGGAGGAAGACGCUUCGAAAGGAGCUGACUCUCCCGCGCAUUUCGGAGGAAUGGUAUCUUUAGGACAAACUCUCGAACAUGGAAUAUCUUCUAUGGUAGCGCACAGCGGCCGCAUGAGGGAAUCGCGACAGAGCCUUGCGACCUGGAGCUGUUCCAGCGUGGAACCUAUCCUCCGUUCCGCAUUAGACGACGACGAAGACUUGUACAACUGGAUGGUGCGGCAACGGCCCACAGAGACCCCGUCACCAUCGGCAGAACAUCCCUCCGUUCCUGGACAACCGCCGGAUGCUCGUCUUGUCUUCGAACCACUCUUAGAAGCUCUGGGUGCUUCCAAACGUCUUCGACGGCACUUUGGAACGCCGCGUCUAGCAGUUUCGCUUCUGGCGGACCUGCUGCGCGUAGAUAUCGUCGAAUCCGAAGAACCCCGAGAGCCGCGACGCGGACGCGGUCCAAAGGGUGGUCGACUGUUUGUGGACACAACCGCUGAUACGCCAUCUCUGGUGUGUGAUAGGUUGGCACUGGACGCUGACAUCCGACGCCCCGGUGCCGGUGCAGCUACAACUGUUCAUCUUGCAGCGACGGUACAGUAUGUUGCUCAGCAAGUCAACGUGCCUCUACUUCGCCUGUUACAUCAGUUCUCAACUAUGUACGAAAACGUAAAAGAGACUAGGCUCGAACUACGAGCCAAUCGUGCUCCAUCUGCUAAAGGAGAUCCCGGAGAAACCCACGCUACUCAAGAAGAAGGUGAUAGCGUUGUAGCUGCCGAAGGCGUGGUUCCUACACCGCGUUGCUGGAAGACCAUGUGUUUCCUGUUGGAUCUCUACGAAGCGAUGCCACCUUCUAAAGCCCUCGCUGACAGAUUCACGGUGUGCGUUGGCACAGAUCAUCGAGGCGAUGCCUCGGAAGGGUACCGUGGUAACGGUCGUUACGAACCACUGCGAGAACACCGCAUUGAUAUGGAGGAUGGCGAUGCGCCACCCCAUCGCAAGACACGCGCACCUCUACGAGAACCUCUUCGCCCGGCUCAUGCAGAAUGGGUCCCCCUAGUUGUGUUCGGUGUCGCCAACAUCAAACGCGUUCGACUUCUGGCCAUGCUGAGCGGUCUUCGACUGGAGUCCGAGCUGUCGGGGUUUCAUGCCAGCAUCUCGCACAAAGAAUUAGUGAGAGAUGGUCAUCGACACAGUGAAUCUUCAGGAACUGGUCAACUUUCCCAUACAAGUGUAGUUCUUCUUGAAGGUCAGCCACCCAAUCACCAGAUGGUUGUCAAAAUGACCGUAGCGAAGUCCCAAGCACUCUGUUCUAGUCAGAGCCGCAAAGGGAAACCAAAGAACGCUGCCUUGGUUCUGAUCGGCGCCGUAAACAUUGAUAUACCUCAGCACCCAGUCGUGCUGCACGGCAUGAUGACGCGGUCGGGGAAGCAGUUGUCCACUACGCUGCAAGAAUUGCGCAGGGCUCCAGCACGCACAUCACGCCCAGAAGAGGCGAGCCCACGGACGAGUGGUCCAGCGGGAGGUGCAGCUACUUCGGAUCUUCUGCGCCCGAUUGUCGUGCAGCUCAGCGUAGUCCUUGACGGGCUAACGGUUGGAGCGGCGUUGUUGCCCUCGCUACGGGCUCACUAUCACAUGGGGCAAAUCACCGGCACUGGCGUCACGGGUGGCAAGGCCCGUUUUACCGUGGACCUUCCCAGACAUUCCCUCAGUUUCAAUACAAAGGUGCCAACGUGCGAAGCCAACUUGCCUUCACGUGCGAGUGUGGACCUGCCACCAGUUCACGUGUCUGCUGAGUACGUCCAAGAUCCGGGACCAUCCCAGAAAGACGCUGAUGGUGUCGUACUUCGUCGUGGGAGUUACCUCAGCGCUCUCGCUGAAAUCGGAACAUUCGAACACAGCCUCACCACGGACCUUCUCAACCAUCUUGUACUUGUGCAAAAGGUCUUUAUGAAGGAAGUCAACGAGGUAGUCCAGAAGAUGUCGGGAACCAAGCCCCUUCGGCUGUGGGAAGCAGGAGGCGUCGUUGCACCGCCCGCUGGAGGUCGGCCAUUGUUCUUGCUGCAGUUACGGCUUCGAGGGAUACGUCUAACAGCCACUACGCCGACGGCGAGCGCUGUACGCCUGGAAACUGGAGUCGUCGACCUCCAGCUCUCGAAUCGGGUUCAAAACGCGUCACGGGCUCCCGUAGGUGCAGCUAAACUGUUCGGAAAGGGCCAGGUGGACUUGAACCUGGCGCUGGGUCAACUGAUUAAGAACGCCCUCUUUGAGGAAGCAGAGUUCCAGCAGUUUGCCUUCUUCAAGACCAGGAUCUGUUUGCGGAAUGCCCUUCAAGAUGAAAUGAUUGCAACUCAGUAUGAUGACAAGGAAGCUGUCCUCAUCACAAUGAAACGACCUAUCAUCUUCUUCCAACCAGUAGCACUGGACAAAGCUGUGCUCGUAUGGCUCAACUACCGCAACGCCUAUGAGUACUGGAACGAGCAACGCGGCAGCCUCAACAAAGAAGUCCUAACAGCAACGCAGCAGGUGUUUGAGAGAGUGCCGCAGUUCUCUCAGCUAAGCGGCCAGGCGUUGGGCACGCUCUUCUUACAACUUACCGUCGAAGACCUCGGCAUUUGCAUGCCGCUGAACAAGAGGUCGCUGCCUAACAACCGAUUGUUUGACGCUGACGUCGCGUCGGCUGUUGUGGUUACAUUGGAAAAUACUCGCAUAUCUGCCUGUUCCUGCGGUUCACUCGUCAGCAAGGCUAGAUUCACAGGAUUGUGUCUGCGAUUCGCGGAAGACUUUGAUGUCUGUUUUGAGGACUGGAAACCUGAUCCAAGCGACUCCAACACUACGAACCUCUGUGUCGUCUCUGAAGGAACGUAUGAAAUCUGUUCUCGUACCAUUGCUGCACAAGGAAGUAGCAAUGCGAAAUGGAUUUUGAACGUCCAGUGGCAGAUGGAGGGCGUGGAUAUCCACGUAGACGUGAACAUAAGCAAGGCGCUCUCUGCCCUCUUCAAGACGCUCACGGCCUUGACAGGUGACGAUGGAGACGAGAUGGACGACAGCGCAGCACAGGAGCCAGUUGUACUACGGAGCAAUUCUCUCUUGAUGGACCCAAGAUUAGAUGCCAAGAAGCGUUCGCGGCUCAUUGAGAAAGAGAUGAACGAGCAGGCGAAAAUAAUCAGCGACUUGCGCUUCCUCGGUGCCAGCCAGAGCACAAUCGAACACGAAGAAAGGCGUCUCAAAGAACUCGAGGCGGCUGUCUUCAACGACUUUCGACGAGACGUCAUAAAGAAGCUGAGGAGACAAAGUGUUAAGCAAGCUUCGUCCAUAAAAGAUAAGUUCGGGCUGUGCACCCAUCCAACACCAGUACAGAGGUUGCCACCACCCGAUGAUCAGGGUGGAACCAUAACACCAGAAAGCAAGGAGGAGUCUCCAACGGGGUCGCAUACACGUACCGCAUCCUUUGACAUGUCGGACCUUCCACAACUGGUUGCACGAGAGCGACCUCUCAUGCACAGGGAAAUGUCGCUAGACAGCGUCUUCUCACAAACGAGCAGUGUUCCCAACAGCGAGACGCCCACGCCCGCCAGUGAACACUCUGAACUCGGCCCUCUCGAAGGACCUCGACGCAGCUCACGGGACGGACCAGACUUGGGCCGCGCCACCCCCGCGGCCCCUCCGAAGCUGCCAGAGCCCAGCAUUGAUUUUGAACUGGACAUUAAGGUCUUUUUCAACAGCGGCAAAUGCGUGCUUCACACGAGGGACCCGACUAAGGAGGAGGAAAUGACACGAAUGUCUCGCAUCAUGAAGAAAGAACGCAGCUUCUCCGGAGCUCCCGGAGCCGGCCUUGCAGCCGAGGCAGGCUCCCCGACGCGUAGGCGUAGCGGAGGUAACCGGAGUAACCUGUCGUCCUCACGGGUGCGCUUCGUGCCCACUCCAGCAGCUGGACAAAUUGCCGACUUCACCAUUUUUCUUAUUCCUGGACUUGACGUCAAGGUGCAUUACAAUUCGUGGACCGUUGGCGCUGAAAGUCCUUCCGUCCAGAAGCAACAGGACCUUCCGGAUGGCAUGUUGCCACAGCGGAAAGGUGGAACCAAGAAAGCCGCACUAUUCGCUUGGAUAACCUUGCAGAGCAUUCCAGAGGAGACAGUGAUCAGCCCGCACAUGUUGGACUUCCUGGAACAAGCCCUGGAAGUGAUCCCGAUUCAGACGAAUCGCGCCUCGCCUCCAGUCGCUAUGGCUGCAGCUGCUGCGGCGUCUGGAUCAGACGGGGCACCAGCGGAAGACGUCAGCCAGUACGGCUCGUUUCCAGUCGACGUGAUCGUUUACUUUCGCAUGCAACCUUCGAUACUCCGCUUCAGCUGCUUGCCUGUCUCGCGGGUCGAAUGCCUACUACGGCUACCCUCGGUCGAUCUGGCGUUCUCGUCUCAGCGUGCCGACGAAGGAGCAGCAGCAACACCCGUCGGAGGCCUUUCUGCAACGGGUUGCCUGGCUGAUUUUUCUCUCUAUAUUUUUCACCCAUACGGAGGAGCGAAGAAGUCUCAUGGAGCAACGGAUGCGUCCCCGCUGGCAGCUACGGAACGAAAGGAUUCCCUCUCCCUACAAGUGGAGUUCGUCAAGGUCAACAUGAGCCGCAGUCGACAUCCGAACACGGGUUCCGACGCCCGACGCGGCGACGCCGCUGCGAUGAUCCGGUUCUCCACCGUGUGCGACGUGGGCUCAGCAUCGUUCAAGUAUGACAUGCGUCGGUUGACAGAGAUCCUAGCUUUCCCCAAGGCCUGGUACAGACGUAGCAUUGCAAGACGAAUGUUCUUGGGAGAUCCCGCCGCUCCGUCGCUUCUGGGAGACCAAGAAGACUCUGCAGAAACAAGUAGCAGCAGUGGGACCAUGUCCCCGAAUGGGAGCAAGGCUGAUUCCUUCCCUUUCAGCGGGGUGGACUUAGGGAGCCCGGAAGAAGACGCUAGGAUGGACCCUGAUUCAGAUGGCGGGAAAGACUCUGAUCAGGGUCAGCUGUCAAGACCACCAACUGCUCGCACGUGGGACACUCUUCUUCUUUUUGCCUUCAACUUAUCGCGGCUGAAUGUACACAUGAACAUGGGCAACGUCAUGGGAAAUACAUCGUGGCUGACACGUGGAUUCAAGUCUCAAGGACGCUUAGCUGUGGACAGUUCAGGACACAAAGACAUGGAUCUGUCAGUUGACCUGGAAGGGUCAAGCUUAGAUGCCAAAGGUGGCAUUGUGGGCGGAACGAUCGAGCUUAGUCAGAUCCACACCCACAUGGGAUUGCGGGAGCACUGGGGCCAUGAACCAGUGCACACGCUACGCAUCUCCUUAUGGGCCUCUGAGAGCAGACUCGACUAUAUGGGGACCAGCGUCCUGAUGGCACGUCUCUCUGGUCUUCAGCUGUCUUUACGAGACGAAUGGCGAGUGGGCGAAGAAGGCCUGGCUACACGACGACCAGCUCUGCUCUUCGUCCACGGCCACAUCCACUGGGAUCAAGUUCAACUUCUACUCUCAAAGUCAACCACAUCAGACUUGGUCAAGAUGUACGCAAAGCUGGAAGAAUUCUUCUCUCAGCAACUACAUAGUGGGAAACGUGUUUUUUCUUCGCUACGUCUCGGAGGUCCUCGUCGCAUGCCUCGAGGUCAGGACAGUCCCGAAGAAGAGGAAGCCCGUCACCACCGACACUGGCAGCGCGCCCUGGCGCUCGUGUCUGGUCUGGAACGGGGCCCUACGUUGCGUCUUCCGCGUCACGGAACUCUUGUGGGAGGCACGAUGGACUUGAGGGGCGCUAACCUAUCCCUGGCAUGCUUCAACGGCGUAAACUUCCGGUCAAAGGCAUGGGCACUGUUCAGUUUGCGCCAGCCGAGCAUCAGCUUCGCCACGGAAGCCCAAGAUGUCGUCGGGGCUUCGGCAGUGGACACUCACGUCAUACAGAACUUGACCUUCCGCCUGGGUCCACGCGGAGGCGCCCAGCCGCCUCAAAGUAUGGCAACCGUGUGUCGUAUCAGCCGUAACUCGUUGUUUCCACCACAGUUCAAGACUAUUCAUGAAUGGUUUCAUUACGCGUUCGCCACGAGCGAACUCGACGACGUGGACCGCUUCCCUGUCUUGGAACCACGCGAGAAAUCUGCCGGCGCGUCGGGACCGCGGCCGAACGACCCUGCUCACACAAUGGAGAUGAUAUUUGCGUUUCCUAGUUUGGAGCUUCAUCUCAAGACGGAACACUUGCAGGGCGAACGCAGGCCAACGACGCGAGACGCCAAACCCGUUGUCGAAUGCAGCUUUGUGACAGAGUUUGACGAUCAUAUCUUCGUGGCUGUUGAUGCGGAAGCAUUUUUCUUCUUGCAUGACCUCAUCGUUUCCUACAUCAGAGAAAAGGACGGCGGAGGUAUGGGAAUAGCGAAGAACCAGUCGCCCGACAGCGAGCGCCGGAAGCGGAGCGUGGCAGACCCUCUGGAAAGCCUACAGAAGGACUGGAGGGAUUACCAGUGCUACACGUGGCACCUGGAGCCCACAGUACGGCUGCUGUCCUGGGCAGGGAAAGGAAUUGAGCCGUACGGCGUGGAUUAUAUUCUGCAAAAGCUCGGGUUCUCUCACGCGAGGGUAACCAUCCCCAAGUGGGUGCAGCGGGGAUGUAUGGAUCCUCUGGACCUGUUCUUGUCUUUGCUGCUGGAGCAGGUUGUCCGUGCCGUUCGUGAAGACUCGCCGUAAACACGACGGAAGAGGAUUUGCCGUAUCGAGACUUCACGAACCUCACACAUGCACAGGUGUUUCGCGCUUCGGAGAAAUUCAGCGUAAUUGAGAUUUGUUUGCGCACCGUAAACAUUGCAGGAACUCGGUUCUAUACGAGAACCGGGGACUCCCCCCGAAGAGAUGUUCGCGACUACCACGCAGAACAAUGGCUAUGUUGGACUUGCCGUAAACUUCGUUGACAAUGCAAACAUAUUCGCCGUCAACGUAAAAGGAACGCGUUCGCCCCGUUAGCUUCGCUGACAAUACAGACAUUCGCCGUCAGCGUAAAAGGAACGCAUUCGCCGGUAGCUUCGCUGAGAUCCGCCAUGAGUUCAUUCUAAACGUAACGGAGAUCGGGCGUCGACUGCGCAGAGUUUCGCCGUAAGCACGGCACGGAGCAGCUAUAAACUUCGUGGCGAUUCGCUGUUUUCGUUCACCAGUGAAGUCGCCGGAAUUCUCAUAGACACUCUCACAGUGUACGUAGAUUUCGCGCAUAUUCACCGCUAACGUGUAUAUUGCAGAUCCCCUCUUUACCACAGAGAUUCGUCAUAAUUGGUCGUCGUACGUGGUCACAAUGGUGUUUGUCAUAUACUUAACGGAGGUUCGUCCGCGCAGUGCACAGUGGUUACAUAUCGUUCUCAGAUUCGCCCUUUGACGUACAGCGCGUGUUCACAUAUCUUUCGCCGCAAAUGUGCACAGUCUGCUGGCGGCACACUCGCUCAGAUUAUGCCGCUCCGUGCAAACCAAUCCUGAGGUGCGAUUCGCUCGUUGUCUACUUAAUGGGUCUCUGUAAUUGUCAAAGAGGAAAGUCGAUGUAUACAUGAUCAUUCCCUCACCAUGUA